UGGAAAGGCUGGGCUUUUCCGUUUUCACUGUCAGACCUGUACACGUCUGAGAGCGUGCACUGUGCCUCGCUCGUCCACUGUGCGUGACGUCAAACCAGCAUGGCGGUCAAGGUGCAAUCUACCAAACGCGGGGACCCCACUGAGCUGAAAGCAAUCUUCCAGAAGUAUGCCAGUGUAGUGGACAAAGAUGGAGAGAGGUUCAUGACCCCAGGGGACUUUGUCCAGAGGUAUCUAGGACUAAACACACAGAUCCACCACAACCCCAAAACUGUACAGCUCAUCGCUGCUGUGGCGGACACCACAAAGGACGGGCUGAUCUCGUUCCAGGAGUUUCUCGCAUUUGAAUCAGUGUUGUGUGCACCCGACGCUCUCUUCAUAGUAGCCUAUCAGCUGUUUGACAAGACUGGAACUGGAGCCGUUUCCUUUGAAAAUGUACGGGACAUUUUCAGCCAGACCACUGUGCACCACCACAUUCCCUUCAACUGGGACUGUGAGUUCAUCCGUCUGCACUUUGGGCAUGACCGCAAGAAAUGCCUCAGCUACCUUGAGUUCACCCAGUUCCUGCAGGAGCUACAGUUGGAGCAUGCACGCCAGGCAUUUGCCCAGAAGGACAAAGGGAAGAAUGGCGUCAUCUCCGCCAUGGACUUCAGCGACAUUAUGGCCACCAUCAGACACCACAUGCUCACACCCUUUGUGGAGGAGAACCUUGUCUCGGCCGCAGGUGGCAACACCUCUCACAGGGUUAGUUUCUCUUACUUCAAUGCCUUCAACUCCCUCCUGAACAACAUGGAGCUGAUCCGUAAGAUCUACAGCACACUGGCUGGCACACGGAAGGACACGCUCGUGACCAAAGAAGAGUUUGUUCAUGCUGCCAACAAGUUUGGUCAAAUCACUCCGAUGGAAAUUGACAUCCUGUACCAGUUAUCAGGCCUGCACUCGCCCUCCGGGCGCCUGAACCUUGCUGACAUUGAGAGGAUAGCUCCGAUAGAGGAAGGAUGUCUGCCCCACCACCUGGUUGAAAGUCAGAAACAGACCCAUGGGGACAGUUCCAGGCCUGUGUGGCUCCAAGUUGCAGAGUCAGCCUACAGGUUCACCCUGGGCUCCAUCGCUGGAGCCACGGGAGCGACGGCAGUGUACCCCAUUGACUUGGUGAAGACUCGUAUGCAGAACCAGAGGUCCACAGGAUCCUUUGUUGGAGAGCUGAUGUACAAGAACAGCUUUGACUGUGCCAAGAAGGUGCUUCGCUUCGAGGGUUUCUUUGGCUUCUACAGAGGUCUGGUCCCUCAGCUUAUAGGUGUGGCACCUGAGAAGGCUAUCAAACUCACAGUGAAUGACUUUGUAAGAGACAAGUUCACCAAAAAUGACGACACAAUUCCUUUAUUUGCUGAGAUUAUGGCGGGUGGCUGUGCUGGAGCCUCUCAGGUGAUCUUUACCAACCCUCUGGAGAUUGUGAAGAUUCGCCUGCAGGUGGCAGGUGAGAUCACCACUGGACCUCGAGUCAGCGCACUCAGUGUGGUCCGUGACCUCGGCUUCUUUGGCCUCUACAAGGGUGCUAAAGCAUGUUUCCUGAGAGACAUCCCUUUUUCAGCCAUCUAUUUCCCUGUGUACGCCCACACCAAGACCUAUCUAGCUGAUGAGCAGGGCAGGGUGGGACCUCUGCAGCUUCUUACUGCUGGAGCGAUUGCAGGUAUUCCCGCAGCCUCCCUUGUGACACCCGCUGACGUCAUCAAGACCCGUCUGCAAGUUGCAGCGAGGGCAGGACAGACCACUUACUCAGGAGUCAUCGAUUGCUUUAGGAAGAUUAUGAGAGAGGAGGGGUUCAGGGCUUUGUGGAAGGGAGCUGGAGCUCGUAUGUGCCGGUCCUCUCCUCAGUUUGGUGUGACUCUGGUGACUUAUGAGCUCUUGCAGCAGUGGUUCUAUGUCGACUUUGGAGGACAUCGUCCGGCAGGAUCUAAGCCCACACCUAAGACUCGCAUCUCAGAGCUUCCUCCCAUCAACGCGGACCACGUAGGAGGCUACCGCCUGGCUGCAGCCACCUUUGCCGGGGUGGAGAACAAAUUUGGCCUCCACCUUCCCAAAUUCAAGUCUUCUGGUGUGGUUUCCAUACAUCACCCAGAGCCAGUCACUGCCACGCCAGCUCAGGCCCCAUAGAGGUCUGGCAUCUCAAUAUCACUUUGCCAUCCUUCUCCUCCUCUACCAGGAGCCAGACACUUACAUAGAUGCACAAAACAAAACACACACAGUUAACACACACUCCACAAAUAGGGGCCAUUAACUUAGGAACAAACAACACCAGCCCGUUACACUCUCCAGGGUGAAGUUGUACUCCACUGGUUCCCAGCCAGUCGCAGACUUGGAGUGCUGGCUACAGCUGUGGAUGUAACACAGCAGACAGCAACGGGGACCAGAGCGCUGACUACGUUGUAUCUUGAGUGGCUGUCUGCUCCUGGCAUUUUCAUCCUAUGUGUUCUUCUCUCCAGCAUUUGUAUAAAAUGGCGCCUCGGGCGCUCCUCUCUCUCUCAUAAGUAGCUGAUAUGACUUUUUAUUUUGUUUUCUGUCUGAUACUCAGUUUGAGUAGGACUUGUCUUAUUGGUCUGCAUGGUGUAUGGGGCUUCACUCUCGAUUGGUCCUCACAAGAGGCUGUGUACUGUAUAUAUUGUAUAACUACAGUGAUGAAAAUGUUACAAGUCAAAACUCCGUAACAUUCUGUCAGCGUCAUUAUACAGUAACUGUAAUGUUAUGGCAAUGUGGGGCCUUUGGUCCCGGUCUCUGAGAAUCACUCUUACUGAUGUACAGAACCUUUCAAUUAAGUGUUUUCUUGAUGAAACAAGAAUCAUGAGCGAAGGUAUUAGGUAUUAAUAAAUUAAAUGUAUCGCAAUUCAGUCACUGUAUUUUAUUGAAAUAAAUCAUCCAUAUGGGUUUAAUUUUA